GCCACGUCUGACAUCGGCGUUUGGGGUCGGGGCCAAUUUGUUCGUUCGUUUUCGUGGUCGCUCGAUCUCGUCUCGCCCCGACUGGUCCGUCCCCUGGGCUGGGCCUGGCCCCCGGCCCGCCCCGCCCUCGCUCGGGCCCUGCCUGCCCUUUCCCGGACUCAGUGAGCGAGUAAGAAGCGAGGUUAGGUGUGCGUGCUCCCUCCCCUGCCUGCCUGCCUCUCGGCCCAAACCCCCGACCUCCUCCUCUGGCGAGAGUAAGACUGGGCUGGUGUGUGUGAGUGAGUGUGUGCUUGCGAGUUUGAUCUGGUCUGGGAUGUGAUGCGUGCCGUGUUUAGAUUUCGCGAUUUGCGUGAAAAGAAUGGUGACGCGAAUUUCGUAAAACCUGAAACUUGAGGCGGAGUCGAUCCUUCGGUGGGUUGGUGGUAGGUGGGGGACGCAGUUCAUGUAGAAUCGGGGCCAGGGUUCAGGCUGCGUCGUCUUCCAGUUAGGGCUGCUGAGGGACAGGAGGAGGAGGAGGGGACGGAACGAGGGUCGACGAGCAGAGUUCGAGCGAGUGAGACAGGAAAGGAUAGAGAGUGUGUGCAAGAGUGUGAAUUCGGAAUAUGGCAGCAUCGCACCGGACGGCUGAUAUGGCGCUACCGCAGGCGGAGAUCAAUUGGGACAGACUAGACAAGACAAAAUUUUACCUCGUCGGAGCAGGUCUAUUUUCUGGGAUAUCAGGAGCACUGUAUCCUAUAUCUGUAAUAAAGACAAGGCUGCAAGUUGUGCGGGCAGAUUCUGUUCACAAAACAGCCGGAUCAAUUGUUAGACACAUAGUUUCAACAGAAGGUAUUAGAGGUUUGUACAGAGGAUUUGGAAUAGUGAUCACUGGGGCUAUCCCCAGCAGAAUGGUUUUUAUGACCAGUUUGGAAACUACCAAGGCUGCGACAUUGAAGAUUGCAGAGAGGAUGGAACUACCUGAAGCCACAGCUGCGGCCGUGGCUAAUGGUGCAGCGGGUCUCUUAUCUUCAAUGGCGUCCCAAACAGUCUUCGUCCCUCUGGAUGUGGUUAGUCAAAGAUUAAUGGUUCAAGGUACCGUUGGAACAACACACUACAAUGGCAGUAUGGAUGCUGUGCGUCAAAUUAUAAAAGCCGAUGGUAUUCGAGGUCUCUACAGAGGGUUUGGAAUGUCUGUCCUCACAUAUUCCCCUUCAAGCGCCGUUUGGUGGGCUGCUUACGGUUCCAGUCAACGAUUGAUAUGGAGAGGGCUUGGUUAUGGAUCAAGAGACGAUGUAGAGCCACCCAGUCAGGCGAAAAUGGUUCUAGUCCAGGCGAGUGGAGGCAUAGCGGCUGGUGCCGUCUCCUCCAUAGCUACGACACCAAUGGACACCAUCAAAACUCGACUCCAGGUUUUGAAAAGUGAAACUGAAGGGACGCCUACUAUCUCACAAACUGUGAAGCAGCUGAUCAAGGAGAACGGUUGGAGAGGUUUCUAUAAAGGACUGGUUCCUCGCUUUGUUAGCAUGUCACUAUGGGGCACCUCUAUGAUAACUAGUUACGAGUUUUUAAAGCGAAUGUCUGUCAAGCAAGAGGAGUAAUUACGUGUACAUAUCGAAGCUCGGUCCCCGAUUACUUUCAGAUUGCAGAAAUUCAGCACUGGUGGAGUCUCUUUUACAUGGACUAGUCGUCAAUCAGCAGAGGCUCUUUAUGUUCUUCACUGAUGAUAGCUAGCCGACUGGUUAGAUAUUGUCCCUUUACCAAUUGAUUUUACUUCAUUUAAACUGGUUUGCAGCCACGGAUUUUGUCAUCCUCUGAAGAAGAGCAUAUGUGUCAAAAGAUGCUCGAGUAGAACCCAUCGCAAAGCCAGUCACAGUAAUUCAUAGUGGCAGUACUGCACUGUUCCAGUUUGGUGGGCUGUUGGCUUCACAAACUUACAAGUCGGACAUGCAUUGAUGAGGCUGUAAUCAGUACUGGGAUUUGAAGAGUUCCCAAAAGGGCACAGGGGAAAAGCUGCUACGUGACAAUAUACACCACCAAAUUGGCAAAUGGGGUAUUUUCAGCUUGAUGAUGUGCUGCAUGUGUGAAGUUACAAAUAUUUCCCUCUGAUGAACUGCGAAGAAAGAGCACCAACAUCCUAUGUUUCAAGCAGAGGCUUCAAUGAUAUCCGAGUCCAGCUGACCAAUUUCAAGCCCCAAUUCGACCAACACGAGGUACUGAUGGAUGGUAGUUGAAUAUGCUUCAAAAUCACAAGAAUGAGGGAGAUGUGUAAGUUUCUAUUGACAGACUCACCUAUCUAACUAUGAUAUAUCUUCGUUUAGAUAGUUGUAGCCGAUUGGAUGCCUGUCUUCUGUCCCCACUCAUGAUGUCAGUGCGCACUAUUGAACGUCCAAAUAUAUUAGAUCCAGAAGGUGCGAGUUCAGUGCACAUCUCUGCCAAUGUAUCUAGAUCCCUUUGAAAGUUCUGUCAACUGUUUUUACCGUCACUUCUUGGUUUACAAGUCCACAUUUCCAUGGCGGAGUCUUUAGAGUUUAAGUACGUAGGGGCUAUUUAUCACAAACUUGGACCAGAAAUUUUGAAGGCUUUCCGAUCUAGGUUUACAUAGAGCUAGUUUGAGAAUUGCAUAUUGACAGUGGUCACUCGCCUCGACAUCAGGAGCAAAUGGAUGUAAGCUUGGUCAAAGUUGUUCUCUUUACUGCGGGACGAUAAAAUCCGUAUAUAAUCAGAGUGAGCCAGGAUCCAGACUUCCAGCUAGUUUCUGAAGCUUGCGACUCGCUGAAAGAUGCGUUCUGUGCCUUUGAAAACAACAAAUGUGGACUCGUUGAAUUGAUUGCCUUCAUGUUGAAUUCGGCUCCACAAUUCCUCAUUGCGACUGGCUUAGGUUGCCAGUGACUCCUACCAUACACCUACCGUAUCUCUUCAACCCCAAGUUACUGUAAAAUUGUCCAUAUAUCGAGCGGGGAAGCACAUCUGCGGAUUAGAAGAGGAGAUCGAGUGAGAUGUGCAGAGCUCCAGCGAAGGGUUAGAAGCAGGGAAUCUCUUAAAUUCAUGCAUUAACCAUUAGACGAGGGGACCACCUUCUGUGACGAAAUCAACACUCAUGAUAAUCGAGUUUCUGUCUCACCAUCAAUCAACGACUUGUGAUUCGUAGUCAACUUAAUCCACGGA